AAUUACCAAUUAUCACUGACUGUCUAACAGACUGUAUAAUCUAAUAUUUAGUACGAAUAUAGGUACCUACAAAAAAAAGAUUGUAAGGUAGUUUAAACUUUGCGUGACACAUAGAUUUCAUUUUGAUUGUAAGUGAUAUGGAUUUGUAACCGCGUGCUAUGACUGUAUUGAAUUUUGAAAUUUGAUUAUUAGUUUUUAUUACUCCUAAAAUGGAACAUUUAAAUUCAUGGAUUUAUUUAUGGAUAACAAAAAUGGAAGAAAACGAGAUAAGCGAGAGUGCCAAAUGGCCCAUAAUUCUUAUGAGAAAUGAAGGUCGGAGUGUGGUUUGGGCGGUGAGUUAUUGGUUGGGAGUCGACUGCAAAGGUAUCCCUGGUCAAGCCUGCCGACUACUGGAGCGUUUCAUAAGCAUUCGUACCCGAAAUGUAUACAGACAAUUAGAUAUAGAUGAAAUGAGAAACGUACAUCAGAUAUUAACGACGCAGUCGCUCUUGUACGUGGCGUGUUGUGUUAAUCUGGCGUCUAAGAUGUGUAGCGCAGCUCUGUCUCGCGGCACCCAUAUGAUACAGGAAUACUUGGCAGAACACGGCUUUGACUGCUCUUGUGAAGUUAUUAAAUCUACAGAAAGCGAUAUCUUUAGUACCCUAGGAUUCCAAAUACCACUAUACACUAGCGUAGAAGUGGCUGAGAUAAUAGCAAUGGAUGUAGGUCUGCCCCAAGAUUUGAUAGAGGAAGUGGCAGUACUUACCAACCUGCUGGAGUACCGGCGGGACAAGCUGACGGAUCUCAUCCAGAUAUCUGUAGUACUAGUGCGGUUGACGGAGUCUCUGGAGUUCACUUCACUUCGGAUGAUCCACAUAACAGCCGGAGCUGUGGCUACAGUUAUUAUACAACAUAACUUAGUGGAUGCAACAUCAUCUAGACCUACACCCAUCAUUCGACUCCAGCGCCUCACUGAACUGCCCUUCACAUUAUUAAGGUGCAUCGUCAAUUCCAUUUAUGAUAUUGUAAGAAUGUUAGACAAGGAGCGAGAAGAGAGAGAUAGCAAAUCCUGAAACAAGUGAUCGUUACAGAUGUUGUUGUAAUUGUAAUUUAUAGGUAAUUGUGUUAUUAACGAUCAAAUA